AUGGCAUUACGCAGCAGUCCUGAAGGUAAACUGACUUUGGGUGCUAUACAGAACUGGAUCAGUGACAACUUCCCCUACUACCGCAAGGAUGAACAAGGCUGGCAAAAUCAGAUAAGGCAUACACUGAGCACAAACUCGUGUUUCCAGAAAAUUCCACGACCUAUGAGCGAUCCAAAGCGAGGACAUUAUUGGGCCAUUAGCCCAGAAGUAGAAACACUUCAAACUCCUGUUGCUGCCAGCAGUGAGACUGUACUUGGAACGAUGGUGAAUGGUGUACCGCAUCCCCAGGCGCCAAAUGCUGUUUACUUCCCCACGCCGCGUGAGGUACACAGUGCUCAUCGGACAUUGCUGACUCAGGCGCUACAGGAACAGCAUGCCUGKUACAAGUAUCACCUGCAACAAACGCACUUUCUGCAGCAACAACUAGUAGUACUGCAACAACAGCACAUUCACCAGCAGUACCAAGAAGUCUAUCACGAACUUGCCUUCCACGAACAACAAAUCGCAUUUCUUGCGGCCCAGAAUGUUCCAGUAUGA